AUGAAAGGAUUUACAAAGGAGUGCAAUAGACAAGCACAACGUGCUUGCAGAGCUCCCCCAGCAACUAAUUUCCAGGGCGUGACGUCAUCCCCUCUCGGUCCGAGGGAGCCUGCAGAGUUGCAAGCCUCUAUAGAAGGCUCACUCACACAGGGAGAGCAGAAGGGCUAAAAGCUGUCACUGCAGCAACUACACUCAGGCAGCCAUCAGAGACUCUCACUCAUCAAAACUUCUACCCACACCUGCCCUGAGAUUAUGGAUUGGGGAAAUUGAGCCGUUCUUGGAUUUUAUCCUCAGAUAUUUAAAGCCUGAACAGGACAUGCGAGAGAGAAAAAUCUAAAUGCUUCCCUGAUGUGUGAGUACAGUAUUUUACCUCUCAAUAUGCACACACUGCAUACUUACAAACACAUACACACAAACAAAUGUAUCCAUUUCAUUUGAAAACACCAAGGUAGAUUAGAUCAUAACUGGACAUCACUAAAAUGAGUAGUAUACAAUUUGAUCAUGACUUAAGGGAGUGGAACAGAUAUAAUUUAGCAAACCCCUUUUCUAUGGAGUCGGGGGUCUCAGUGUUUGCAAUAUUAUAACACAAAAGGUGGGGAUGUUGGGAUCUUGGGUGUUGGGGGCUGUUUAAGCAAAUGAAUCAGUGAAGUGUGUUAGGUGGUUCUUGCAUUUACAAGCCUAUUUAUUCUCUGUUCCUCUCCAAGGUUUUAACAUAGAUAUCAGAUCUGGGAUCUGCGGGAUGUAAAGAUGCUGAACAGCGUUUUGCUGCUGAGUUUUAUAUCAGUGACUGGGAUCUUAAAGACAGAAAGCCGCAAAACUGCCAAAGACAUAUGCAAAAUCCGCUGCUUAUGCGAGGAAAAAGAGAACGUGCUUAAUAUUAAUUGCGAGAAUAAAGGUUUUACUAGCGUCAGUUUGCUUCUGCCUCCGCAGUCCAGGAUAUAUCAGCUUUUCCUCAAUGGCAACUUAUUGAGCAGACUGUAUCCAAAUGAGUUUGUCAACUAUUCCAACGCAGUGACUAUCCAUUUAGGAAACAACGAACUGCAAGAGAUCAGAGCAGGGGCUUUCAACGGGCUGAAGACCCUCAAAAGAUUGCAUCUCAAUAAUAACAAACUGGAGAUUCUAAAGGAGGAAACUUUCCAGGGCCUUGAGAGUCUAGAAUAUUUGCAAGCAGAUUAUAAUUUUAUCAGUGUAAUUGAAGCUGGGGCUUUUAGCAAGCUGAAUAAAUUAAAAGUCUUGAUUCUCAAUGACAAUCUUUUGCUGUCUCUCCCCAACAACGUCUUUCGUUUUGUGCUUUUAACUCACUUGGAUCUGAGAGGUAAUAGGCUCAAAAUGUUGCCCUUUGCUGGUGUCCUUGAACACAUUGGCGGGAUUAUGGAAAUCCAGCUAGAAGAGAACCCUUGGAAUUGCACAUGUGAUUUGACCCCACUCAAAGCCUGGUUAGAUACCAUCACAGUUUUUGUGGGAGAGAUUGUUUGUGAGACCCCCUUUAGGCUGCAUGGAAAAGAUGUCACACAGCUAACAAGGCAAGACCUCUGUCCUAGAAAAAGUGCUGGUGACACAAAUCAGAGAUCAGUACAUCCAGCUUUUUCAGAUCCUCGUAUUCAAAGGCUGCCUCCAACUUUUAACCCUGCAAUUACUCCCACUAGAGUUCCCAAGGCCAGCAGGCCUCCUAAAACAAGAAACAGACCCACACCCAGAGUCACUGUAUACAAAGACAGGCAAAUAUUUGGGCCAAUUAUGGUGUAUCAGACCAAAUCUCCAGUCCCCCUUACAUGUCCUGACACUUGUGUGUGCACCUCCCAGAGUUCUGAUAGUGGUUUAAAUGUCAAUUGUCAAGAGAGAAAGAUUAGCAACAUCUCUGAAAUUCAACCCAAACCCACCAACCCAAGAAAAUUUUAUCUGACAGGUAAUUACCUGCAAAUUGUUUAUAAAUCAGAUCUGCUUGAAUUUAGUUCAUUAGAUUUGCUACAUUUAGGAAAUAAUCGAAUAGCAAUGAUACAGGAAGGUGCAUUUUCCAACUUAACAAGUUUACGCAGACUGUACCUUAAUGGCAAUUACCUAGAAGUAUUAUAUCCUUCAUUGUUUGAUGGCUUGUACAGUUUGCAAUACCUCUAUUUAGAGUACAAUGUUAUAAAGGACAUCAUGCCGCGCACAUUUGAUGCUUUGAGUAAUCUUCAACUACUAUUUCUAAACAACAAUUUGCUGAGGUCAUUGCCAGAUGGUGUAUUUGGAGGCACUGCCCUUACUCGACUGAAUCUAAGGAACAACCAUUUCUCAUAUUUGCCAGUCAAAGGAGUUCUUGACCAGCUUACUGCAUUUAUUCAGAUAGACCUCCAGGAAAACCCAUGGGAAUGCACAUGUGAUAUUUUAGGUUUGAAGAACUGGAUAGAACAGUCUAGUUCCACAGUAGUUGUACAGGAGGUAACAUGUGAAUCACCACUCAAACAUGCCGGGGAACAUUUAAGGUUCCUUCCCAAGGAUGCUAUCUGUCCUGAGAACCCUAAUAUGGCUGAUGCUACAGUACUGUCAUUUAAUUACAAAACUGACACCCCACACCCUUCCAGCAUUUCUCCAAGUCCCUAUCCAGAAAUGCACACUGAAGUCCCUCUUUCUGUGCUGAUUUUGGGACUACUGGUAGUUUUCAUCUUGUCUGUCUGCUUUGGGGCAGGGCUAUUUGUCUUUGUUCUAAAAAGAAGAAAGGGAGUACAGAGUGUUCCCAGCAGCAGUGCAAACAAUUUAGAUAUAAGUUCUUUUCAGCUUCAGUAUGGGUCAUACAACCCAAACUCAAAUGAUAAAACAGAGGCUCACGUCUACAACUACAUCCCUCCACCUGUUGGGCAAAUGUGUCAAAACCCUAUCUACAUGCAAAAAGAAGGAGAUCCUGUUGCCUACUACAGAAAUCUUCAAGAAUUUAGUUAUAGCAAACUAGACCACAAAAAGGACGACCCAACUACUAUAGCUUAUACAAUAAGCACAACUGAACUGCUAGAAAAGUCACAAACUCAAGGAGAGCCUGAGCUCCUCUACCAGAACAUUGCGGAAAGGGUAAAAGAAUUACCAAGCACUGGGGUAGUCCAUUAUAACUUUUGCACGUUGCCCAAAAGGCAACUCAUUCCUGCAUACGAAUCAAGGCGUCAAAAUCAGGACAGGAUUAAUAAAACAGUUUUAUAUGGCACUCCCAGAAAAUAUUUUGCAGAACAAUCAAAACAAGAGCAUCUCUUGCUUCAAGGAAAACUGCAGUCAGAGCCAGAUUACCUUGAAGUUUUGGAAAAACAAACUGCAAUAAGUCAGCUGUAGGCAACACUACAUAGCUCGAAGCCUGUUGUUUAUAUGAAGUGUCACAAACAAUUGUGCACACAACGAAUGGCUGGUGAAUCCAAUUUUACUAUACAUUUUUUAAGCUACGCAGGUACCAUAUAAAUUUAAAUUGCAAUGGCAUUGGUGGACAACAUGUCUUUUCCCCCCUCCUUCUUCUCCAUUUUCUUUAAAUUAUUUUUGAAUUUUAUUUUCUAGGCUCAAUAUUUUAUGAUAUGAAUGUUCUAGUGUUUUUUUGUUUUUUUUUAUGAUUUUCCCUUUCCUUAUCAAAAAUGGGUGAAUAUUUUAUUUAGUGUUGCUAGGAUAUCUCAAUGAUCUAAGUGAAAUGGACAUUCUUUUAUAAUGUAAAUAAUACUUUAACAUUUAAAAUCAAUUACCAGCUGUAGCCACUGGGCGUCACUUUUUUCAGUUAAAGUGCCUUUGCACUUUAAAUAACCUAAUUGUUGCUUCUAGCUUUGAUACAUCGAACAUGUUUUAAUGUGCUGCAUUUUAGAAAAAAAAAAACCCCAAAGUAAGAUAAGAGCUUAUAUCUUUAUUUGUAUUAAACAGAGACAAAACAUGAUUGAUUUUUACAAUGUAAGACAUUUUAAAGAUCUAUUUGGAUUGCAAAUAUAUUUCUAGGUUUCCUUACAGAUAUAUAAUUUUAAAUUAUAGUAUUUUAGAAAUUUAGAAAUUAAUUAUUUGCCCUGACCCGUUGGAUGGAUAUAUAUAUAUAUAUAUAUAUAUA